AUGCCGGUUCUCUAUAAAACCUUGAUGAUGGAUCUACUCGAUGUUGGUGAUCCAGCCUCAUCACUCUCAGUCAACUCUACCGCCUCUCUGAUACAUCCCAUAAUGUACUUUGUAUCCUCUGCCUUCUUACUCGGCUCGUUCGCUCUCCAGAGCGUCCUGGGUCGACCUGCCUUUAAUGAACGAAGUCAAGUUCUGGAGAGACAAUCUUCUGUUGACUCCUUCAUCAACUCCGAGAGCUCGGUUGCCAUAGAACAACUCUUGUGCAACAUCGGCUCUGAGGGCUGUAACGCCAAGAACGUAGCCUCUGGUGUUGUCAUUGCUUCUCCAGACACCCAAGACCCCGACUACUUCUUCACCUGGACCAGAGACGCUGCCCUAGUGUUCAAGUACGUUGUAGACAGGUUCAUUAACCAGUACGACGCUGGCCUGCAGAAGCGAAUUCAACAGUACAUUGCCUCUCAAGCUAAGCUUCAGGGCGUGUCCAACCCCUCCGGCUCACUCUCCGACGGCUCUGGUCUAGGAGAAGCUAAGUUCGAGGUUGAUCUUAGCGCUUUCACUGGCGGCUGGGGUCGACCCCAGCGAGAUGGCCCGGCUCUCCGAGCUACCGCCAUCAUCGCCUAUGCUAACUGGCUGAUCGACAACGGCUACUCUUCUACUGCCUCUGAUAUUGCGUGGCCGGUUAUCCGCAACGAUCUCAACUAUGUAGCUCAAUACUGGAACCAAACUGGUUUCGAUCUCUGGGAAGAGGUCAAGGGCAGCUCGUUCUUUACAACUGCAUCCCAAUAUCGAGCUCUCAUCGAAGGUGCCGCUCUAGCAAAGAAGCUUGGAAAGUCAGGAGACAACUAUGCUUCCAUUGCACCCCAAGUUCUCUGCUUCAUGCAAACUUACUGGAUCCCUUCUGAAAAAUACGUCGACUCCAACAUCAACGUCAACGAUGGCCGUACCGGAAAGGACGCAAACAGUAUCCUCACCUCAAUCCACAGCUUCGACCCUGCUCUUAGCUGCGAUGCUGCCACUUUCCAGCCAUGCAGUGACAAGGCCCUUGCCAAUCACAAGUCUGUUACCGACUCUUUCCGCUCGUGGAACAUCAACAAGGGUAUCUCGCAGGGCAGUGCCGUCGCUGUUGGACGUUACAUCGAGGACGUCUACUACAACGGAAACCCUUGGUAUCUCGCCACCCUCGCCGCGGCAGAGCAGCUCUACGAUGCUAUCUACGUCUGGAAGCAGAAGGGAUCUAUCACUGUCACCGAUGUGUCCCUUUCCUUCUUCAAGGAUCUUGUCUCUGGCAUCUCUACCGGAACCUACGCCAGCGACUCUGCCACCUUCAAGAGCAUCACCGACGCUGUCUCCAAAUAUGCUGAUGGAUAUGUCAGCAUCGUUGCAAAGUACGUGGGCACAAACGGCGCCCUUGCAGAGCAGUUUGACAAGAACGACGGCCACCCCCUUUCUGCUACGGAUUUGACCUGGUCAUACGCCGCUUUCCUCUCAGCCGCUGAUCGCCGUGCUGGUAUUCUUCCUCCUUCUUGGGCGAGCGGUGCAGCUGCUGUUCCUCAGCAGUGCGGAACAAACACUGUCGCUGGCUCAUACUCACUUGCUACUGCGACUUCGUUCCCGGCAUCGCAGACGCCCAAGGGUGGUGUCCCAACCCCUACAGGCACUCAGCCAGCAAGCUCGCCCACCUCCACAAGCUGUGCUAUCGCUACAUCUGUAGCUGUUACUUUCCAAGAGACCAUUGUCACCAACUUCGGCGAUACCAUCAAGAUUGUUGGCAACAUCGCUGCUCUCGGCAACUGGGACACUUCCAAGGCCGUUGCCCUGAGCGCCUCUGACUACACCUCGUCGAACCCCGUAUGGAAGGCCACCAUCUCGCUCACGGCAGGACAAGCUAUUCAGUACAAGUACAUCAACGUGAAGAAGGAUGGCUCCAUCACCUGGGAGAAGGACCCUAACCGCACAUACACUGUCCCCCAGACCUGCGCUACAAAGGCCACCCAGUCUGACAAGUGGCAGUCCUGA